AUGGCACUCUUAAGAGUCGACUUCAAGGUCUCACUGGGAAAUGGAAGACGCGAGUUCAGUACGUUCACGGCUGUGCUACUGUGGGAACGUUGUCAAAACGCAUACAUCGUGGACGGUUUCUCAUCCUGGAAGGAGGUUUCAAGUAUGUGCAAAGGUAAGUUUAUUUCUCUACGAAUGAUGUACAUUUUGGGAAUGGGCUUACCUAGAGAUGUGUGA